AUGGCGUCAACAUUCAGGCAAGGCUCGGAGAAGGCAGAGAACGCUUUGGCAAAUCAUUGGGGACAGCUGAUCUUUACCCACGACAGUAAACCCCCUGUUUUAAUCAGCAAAGAGGUUGUAAGAUUAGGACGAAAGGAAGGUUAGAAAGACCAAAGAUUGUGCACAGAUUUAAGCUUAUAUACAUGUAAGCUGGCUCACAAUUUUUAUGUGAAUGCUUUGAAAAAGCUAAGUCUUAUAAUUUGUUACGUGUUUGACAGAUUGUGAUAUCAGUUUUUCUGGAUGUAAAUUUGUAUCUGGUCAUCACUGCAGUUUGUCAAGAGAUCCUGAUGGUAAAAUCUGGAUUGAGGACGUCAGGUAUAGACGUAUAAAAUUCCCUGCCAGCGCUCUGAGGUCGCUUUUCCUUCCGGGUGAGGACAAAACAUGGACCAGGGGUCCAUGGACCACUUUCAUGGACCGGGUCCAUGGACCCCCUGUCAUGGACCAGGUCCAUGGACAGUUUUUUUUAUUUUUAUAAGAAGGUUUUGCACCAGGUCUAUGGACACUCAAAAACAGAAAUAGUGCCAAAAAAAGAUUUGACGAGACGCUGUCGACAAAUGCUCACGAUUGAUCACAAAUAUUUAAUUGUGCUUACAUGACAUACACUCUGCUUGCACAUGUGCAGUCGCAAGACUGUUAAAUUAAGUUAAUUCAAAAGUUAUCACCAAGAGAGGAAUUACGCGCUCCAGUGCAAAGACUUGCAUCACCCUUUAAUAGAAAAACAAGCUGGAGUUAAGAAUUCAUUGCUUUUAGAGCAAUCAUGACUGAGUCACAUCGCAAUUCUACAUAGUUGAUGUAGCUUCAGUUUAAGCUACAAUCCAUUGCCACUUCUUCUUCUUCUUUGAGAUCUGGAUCUGUAAAUCACUAUCCGUGAGAAUUUAUAAUCGUCCUGCUAAAAGCGCUAAGGAGCUGGGCCCAGCGUGACAAAACAUUGCAGGAAAAAGUGACAUUCAUGGACAAAAAGAAAGUGGCUUAGAAUUGUUCAGAUCCAGGAUGCACUUUGGAGAAAUUAAACAACCUAAAACCGUUUUAAUCAGCCGCAAUGAACAGCUUUACAUUUUAAAAGAGGUAGAAAAUCAAUAUGUGUGUCAAGACGUCUCAGAAUGAAAUAAGCGGCAAAAAUUCACAUUUGCUCAGUCAAAAGGUUUUCAUCCGAAGCUUAAUCUACCCAUCAGAGAAAACAGCAAGCAGCAUUUUGGCAUGAGGUACCGACCCCCCCCCCCUUUUUUUUACACUAUGUAAGCACAAUUAAACAUUACUGAUCAGUUAAGCAUUGUUUGUUGUUGCUGUUUUUUUUUAAACCUUAUUUUUGCUCUAUUUCUGUUUUUGUGCAUUUUUCAUUAUUAAAAAAAACUGUCCAUGGACCUGGUCCAUGACAGGGGGUCCAUGGACCCGGUCCAUGAAAGUGGUCCAUGGACCGCGCUGGUCCAUGUUUUGUGCUCAGCCAAAAGAAACAGGCUGGUCCAUGUUUUGUUCUCAGCCAAAAGAAACAGCUAGUCCACUUUAAUAAAAUAGCAACAGAAUUUCUUUUUCUGAAAAAUGCCCAAAGAAAAAAUUGUAAAUAAUUUUAAAUAAAUGUAAAUAAUAAAUAGCUAAGCUUAUCUACAAAAUUAAUUAUGUUGGUGUUUCUUUUAGCACCAAUGGGUCUUUGCUGAAUGGAAAGAAAAUUGCAAAAAAUGAGGUAAGAAUUUGUGUCACUAAUUCAAUGACUGUUUGUGUUAAGUCAAUAUUAUCAUUCCAAGCUAUCACUUAAAUUUUAUGUUGCUAGGUCCAUGCAAAAAUUAUGCAGAGGGGUUUAUUUUCCUUUUGUUUCCAAGAUAGUAUGUAGGGAUCAUGUUCAUAGGGAAUCCCCAGCCCCUGGCCCUAAUUAGUGACAGCCUUUAUAAUUAUUAGUCAUUAUUUAUACAGUUUAUACAUUAAAACAGAAACAAACUUUUUAAAUACAGAAAAUACAGAUCUCUCACAAUGAUCAAGUGCAAAUAGUUCAUCGCAAGGACCCUGGAAGUGGUAGGUGUCUUUCAACAUUUGUGUUGAAAUUGUUAAUAAAUUAAUUCUAUAAAGCUGUGACCUCAGCUUUUAAUUCUUGUAACAUUUUUUGCAGACAUUGCAUUUGUGUUUCAAGACCUGAAGUUCUUGAGGGAGGAGGCUGCUCUUCUAGACAAUACCUUAGAGUAUCAAAUUGAUACAGGUUUGCACUGUUAAUUAAUUUACAGGUCAUGUUAAGAACAUUUUUCAGAGACUUUUUAAUUUCUCAAAGUUCAUGUGUCUUCAAAACAGCAAGAAAUACACAAAUCUGGCACUUUGAGACUCCUAUCAAAAUUAAUCAUAAUUCCACCAGGUUUUCAAGACCUGAUCAAAAUUUUCUCUUAAGGUAUUUGAAUUUUAAGGUACAAAGAUUAAGAAUGUUCUCUAUGGGGGCCUGUCAGCUGUUGAGACUUCUACUUCGAUUGAUGAGCUUUUCUUAAUUUCCUUGCGGCCAGAAAUGCUGAUAAUUAUCUUGAAGAAUGAAGAGAAAAAAGAAGCUUAAAAAAAUUUUGUAAUGACUUGUGCUUUAUUAUUUUACUGGUUAUUUGUUUCUGUUGUAGAAGAGGAUAAUUCAGAUGAUGAAGAGAUUUAUCGUCGAGAAAAAAGAUCUCAUAGUGAGGUACAUAGUAUUAUGUAUUUAAAACAACAUCUGAUAAUUAUUCAUAUGUUAAGGAGCUGUAAAUCACUAAUUAACAAUUAUAUCAUGAGUGCGUGUUGGAUAUGAGGUGGUAGAUAGCCAAGGAAGAAUAUAGCACCGAGUUGGUUAUAAUUAUCUCAUAUCCAACAAGCACAAGUGGAAUAAUUGUUUUAUUUAAAAUGCCCACAAAAUAUUGAGAAUUCUUCCCAACUUUACUUGUAAAAACAACCGAUUUUCAGCUUGUUUCAAUUAAUUUUGAGCAGAUACGUACAGUUACCGGGGAGAGCAUAGUGUAAUGGCUCAUAUACAAUGAUGGCUAAGCCAAUCAGAGCUCUAGAAGGCAUUAUCCAAUGAUUCAGUUUUUAUCAUUACUAACAGAACUUCUGCAGUUUUUCCUGCAUGGAUAAAAUUGAACCACUCAGUGUGCACCAUAGGAUGAUGUGAAAAAGUUUCACCAAUCUUCAUAUGUUUUCGUCCUAGUUUUGUAACCUUCAUUAUACAUUUAUACUCUGUAUUUAGCAAAUAAAUUUUAAAACUGAGACCAAGAAUUUCAAACACAUUGAAUGUUUCGUUUGAGUAGCUCGAACUUCAACAGCAAUGUAAAAUGAGGUUACGUAACAGAUUAAAGAUUUUUAUGUAUUCUUUAUAAGAGAGGAUUGCAAAUGGCCAACACUAUAGGUGUGUAGGUUAUUGAAAUCAAAUCACAUCAAAUCAAAUCAAAUCACUGGUUUGAAUAUUCCAUUAUUUUUCUGUCAUUUCCUGCUAUUUCUUCGCACACUUUGCUUCUGCCAACUACAGUGUAGUAGCACCAGUCAGAGCAUUUAAUAGCUGCAUCUCAUUUAUUUUUCCUUUUCAUUCAGGUCAGUGAUACUGAUGAUGGUCCAAAGCCAAAGAAGAAACAUGCAGAGGUAGCAGGCACGUCUGAUGACAAGAAACCAGCUGACUUAGUCACUCAUAAUUCCAUUGCAGAAACACUUGUAUGUAGCAUCUGUCAGGUGAGAUGGGAAGAUUCAUCGGAUUCUUAAAAAGAGCUCCAUGAACUGAUAGAUUUUUAAAUAUCCAAUGUAGAUUUCUUUUGGUAUAGUUCGCUGGAACAUCCAUUUGUCCAAAAGAAGCCAAAAGCUAUGACAGCGCUUUUGGAAGCAUUGCCAAUCAGUCUACAUAUACAAUUUAUUAUUCAUUUCAGCCUGAAACAUUUAACAAGACCUGCAGGCAGUUACAAGCAAAGCUACAUUUUGUAUCAUCUCAAAGUUUUUAGAAAAAACUAAAUGUAGUUUUCAAGGUGGUGCAGUGAUUAUAAAGCAACUUUAUUAAAAGCUUGUUUUGCACAAAUAUGUAAAUACUGAUCCUCCACAAAGCAAAUUUGCAACAGUCUACAGGUGGCAGAGGUAAAAAUUUGUUCGCAUGUUAGUCACGGUUAAUCUUUACCUUAUUGAUUCUUGAAAUCGCUCAAGAAUUUUGGCAAUUAUACUUACAGUUUUUAGGCCAUCACGCUAUGAGAAUCGUGUAGCCAGGCGAUGGGAUUCGUGUCUCACAAGAGGGUGGUGACCUACCUUUUGAGCAGUACUGACAUAUACACACAUAUAUGGCUGUACCAUAAAAUAAUGAUAUAGAGUGUAAUAGACACUACAGGCAUCUAUUUGAUUUUAGAAACCCAAGAAAGGGUGUUUAUUAGAUAUGUGUAGGAGGUGGCAUUUAAAAGGAAGAGGUCGUACAUGUAAAUGUAACAAUUGACACAAAACUAAUAUGCUCUCAGUGAAUACAUCACUACAGUUUAUAAAUAGACAGGAGAUGGUUAUUUUUUGAGAGAACUUAAUUUACAUUAUAUCUUUUCACCUGGCCUUAGAGGGCUAAUAACUUUGAUUUUUUCCUAAAUAUUACAGGAUAUCUUCUAUGACUGUGUGAGGUAGGUUGACUGGCCUGGCUAGCUAUCUUUAUAUUUUUUUUUCCAGUGCUUGAAGUUCCCAAUAUUGAACAAAGGGGCAAAAUGGAAAAACUUUUUUUUUGUGGACGGUGUAGAGGCUUAUUUCCUUUUUCGAAUUUGGUUUAUUUUACUUCUAUUUUUUUGCAGUCUGCAGCCCUGUAUUCAUUCAUUUUGUGCAGCAUGUUAUUCACAGUGGAUGGAUCGAUCCAGCGAUUGUCCCAGUGUAAGACACAAGUGUAGUUCUACAAAGGCAGUAGCAGUCGCAUUGUUAAAAUUGCUUAUUUGCAUGGAAAUUUCAUCACAGGUUUCUUCCAGUGUUGAUAAUACAUGUGUACAUGUACAUUUAGAAGGGGGUUCUGGAGUAAGGCUCUUUUUAACUUUUGAUAAAAUGCAAGAUUCUCCUUCCAAUUACCUUGCAUAAUGUGCUUGAUAAUCAAAGUAUCUUGUACAAAUGUACUACAUAAACAGUCACUUUAGGUCAUGUACCCCAUUCUUUUUGUUUCUGAGUCACCAAUCCCACCAGUACAGUGUGCCCCUUUCAUAAAACAAAACUUCCCAAAGGCUACAGAUAGACUGUAUUUGGGGUACCUAAAGUGCACAAAGGAUCAGAAAGUGUAUUAUUUAUUUUAGUCUUAUGCAGCUCCAGUAAAUAGCAGUUGGUCAUUGGACAAAGGCAGACCACAGCCAAUGAAAUCUCAAUCAUAGUCAAUCAUUUUGUCUGCCCUGGUGUAUUGUGAUUGGUUGCAGGUCUUGUACAUGUCCCCUCCCCAACCCUCUCUCUGCCAACACUGAUUUGGCAGGAAUUUAACAAAAUUUAAGCAUUUUAUGUUCAUGGAAAAAUUAUGUUUUCAAAACAUGAAUUAACUAACUAAAAGAUACAAGUAUGCUGUCAUUUACUAGACUACGAGUAGUCCCCCAUUUUUCCUCAGUGAUAGUAGAGCGAGCGAAACGCGAGCGCGCGUGAAAAUCACCCCAUGCGAGAAAAGGCGACACGCGGCGGGGAGAGAGAAAAAUGAGGGACUACAGACAAAGCCCAAGCUUUUGACCCUUCACGGCCGACUGAUUUCGGAGUGUGAAGUUCGUAUCCCCUUCCAAAUCAAUUAAGCGCAUCCAAUGGGAUUCCUUCCCUCAUUGAGCUGUCAUUGCUCUUGUCAUCGGUAAACUGCGGGGGAUACUUAUUGCAAGCAAAAGAAAACCCAGAUACUAAUUUUCUUGACGGUUGUUUCGCGUGAAGAACUUGAUAGUGUAGGCAACACACGACUUUUACUCAUGCCAAAAUGCUGCUUGUUCCAAUGAAUUUUUUUUUUUGACGGAUAGAUUAUGCUCUGGAGGAAAACGUUUUGACUGAGCAAAUGUGAUUUUUGCCGCUUAUUUCAUAAUGAGAGGUCGUGACACGUAUAUUAAUUUUCUGCGGUUAUUGUUUAUGGUCGGCAUGAUUUGUCCACUAAUGCAAGAGCAUUUUAUUUCACUUCUUUUGAAAAGUAAAGCUCUUCAAUGCGGCUAAAUAACGGUCUGGGGUUGUUUAAUUUUUCCGGCGAUUGCCUCCUGGAUCUGAAUAAUUUUAAGCGAUUAUCUUUUUGGCCGUGAAUGUGUCGGUUUCCUGCAAUGUUUUGUCACGCUGGGCCCAGCUCGUUAGCGUGUUUAGCAGGACGGAUAGCGAUAUCCAAAUCUCGAAGAAUGGAUUGCAGCUUAAACUAAAACUACAUCAACUAUGGAGAACUGCGAUGUGACUCAGUCAUGACUGCUCAUGAAUUUUAACUGCCGCUUGUUUUUCUGGAGAUAAUGUGAGUAUUUGGACCGGAGUGCGUAGUUCCUCCCUUGGUGAUAACUUUUGAAUAAGCGACUGUUCUGUUAUUCAAUUCCCACUUUGUGAUCAGACAAGACCAUGGUUUCGGUUCUCCACGCGAACCUCAUCAGUUGCUGGGCUGGCUUUCUUUUUAGUUGCUUCUACAACAGCAACUCUGACUAGUUAUUUGUUCUUUGCUGUUAUUAUUUCUGCUCUAGUUAUUUGUUCUGUAAAUUGAGAUUAUGUCGAGUGUUGAUAGCGGCUGGCGCGUUUUUGACAGAUGUUGACAGAUUUCCAUGGAAGAGCUAAUCGGAGUUUUGCGUUGUGAGAGCAACGCAUUAGUUCAAAAGCUUGGGCUUUGUCUGUAGUCCCUCAUUUUUCUCUCUCCCCGCCGCGUGUCGCCUUUUCUCGCGUGGGUUGAUUUUUAACGCGCGCUCGCGUUUUGCUCGCUCUACUAUCCCCUGAGGAAAAAUGGGGGACUACUCGUAGUCUAGUCAUUUACCUGACCCAACUUUUUUUGUUUUGCAGUGUAGGAAAAAAGUUGAAAGAAUUAGUAAAAAUCACAUUGUCAAUAAUCUUGUAGAAGCAUUUCUUAGAGAACACCCAGGUUAGUUUACUUCAUUAUCUUUUGCUAUUACAUUCAUCUUUAUUUGAUAGAUUCUUUUAUAAAGAAAAACAAAAUAUUUUACGUUAUUUUAAGUCAGACUUGUAGCAUUAAUACUUAGCGUUAGUCCAUAUGUUAUCUCUCUUGUAUACUGAGGAUGUUUACAUUGAAGCACUUAUUAUUCUCAAAAGAAUAUACAAAAAAUAACUAAUAAGAACUUUACAAGUCUUUAGCCUUUAUCUUAGUCCUAGACUUUAUUUUAGCCUAAAUCACAUUUCUGUUACUUUAUAAGUUGAUGUAAAACACUGUAAUUAUUGAUUUUAUAUUUCCUUAUUUAUUUAGACUUUCAGUGCAUUAAAACUACACAUACCUGUUUUACUCUACUCACCUAAAUAAGCCUGCUUUUUGCAAGUUAAGAGCAGUUUUGUAAAUUUUCUUUUAAAAAUACUGAAAUAAACUUGAAACUUGAAUAUGUCCCUCUCUAAUCAUCUUCAACAGAAAGACAGCGGCCAGAAGAGGAACUUAGAGAGAUGGAUUCUAAAAACAAAAUAACAGAAGAUAUGGUGGGUUCAUUGCAUGCUUACAGUCUGAAUAAUCAUGAUGUUACAUCUAUUUUACUAACAAUAUUAUUAUUUCCGUUGAGAUUUCAUAAUAGUUAGGCAUUGUUGGUAUUGCAUGUAUAUUUUUUUGGCAUGAAACUUUAACUAUAUUUUUAUGUAAAAUUCUCCUUGGAGGGUCGCCAAUAGGGUUAUUUUAUACUAUCUUGGACCCAACUCAAAUUUUUGCUUUUGAUGGCUACUACAUGCAUUUUUGGCAUUCCGCAUCCCGUGCAGUACAAUGUACUUUCAAUCCUGAAACUUGCUCCCAGCCUUUAAAUAAUACAAAUUCCAAAUUCUGAAAAAGACUUAUUGGGGGUCCACCUUCUCCUUGAUCUGCAUAUCAAUUUUUUGCAUCAAAUUUACAGUUAUAAUGGCAGCUAAAUUCAAUAAUAAUAAUUGCUAAUUGAUGACUGUUGAUUUAAUUUCUCUCGUACUUUUUAUGAGCAAGUCCUGUUAAUACAUCAGCAAUUCAAAUGAGAAAUUUACCAGAACUCACUUACCCCUAUAUGGAGUUUGUUUCCACUUUGCACGAUUAUUUUGUGUUAAUUGUGCCAACUAUUUUUGACAGUUUAUUCUGCACUUCUUGACUUUAUGAGAGUGUACAUUGUUUUUAUCCAGUUUAUUCACUUUUAUUCAUCAAAGAAGUUAUGCAUAGUGUUAGUAUUCACAGUGACUCCAUUAGUGCAAAAAUAUUUACACUGUAUUUGUUUACUAGAUAGAACAACCUAUUUAAACUUUGCCCCAAUUCCAAUAUCUUUAAUAUUUCUUAAUUGUUGAUUGUAGCUUAGACUAAAGCUUAGGAGAAGGUCAGGUUUAUUUGGAUUUGUUGAUGAUGAUGAUGAUGAGGGGGAUGAAGAUGAUGAAGAUGAUGAUGAUGAUGAUGAUGAUGAUGAUGAUGAUGAUGAUGAAAGUGAAGACACAGAUGAAGCAGAGUCUUGGGGGUAGGAAACAGUAAAGUUUGAUACAGUCAAAUCCCAUGAUAAUUAUUUAACAAAUAGAUUCCAUGUUGCCGUGCGUCUGUUCAGUAAUAGAUCACAGAUGAUGUCAAAAUGUCGUAAAAACAAAGAAGUGGCACACGAGCCGCAGGCGAGUGUGUCACUGUUGUUUUUACCACAUUUUGACGUCCUCUGUGAUCUGUUACUGAACAGACCCACGGCAGCAUGGAAUCUAUUAUUUUGUUUUACACAAUGAUCAGAAAAGAAAAAGACCGAUACACUCACCUUCCUCGAACCGCUUGACCUUUUGAGGAUUUGUGCUAGUUUAGGCAUUUUUGAAGUCCCAAACCCAACUUUUCAUCUUAGCUUCUUCUUUAUCUUACUUGUGUACAGUUUCUUCGAAAAAGUUUUUCACUGUCUUUUCUUGCUCAAAGAAGAAUAAUAGGGAAAACAUUUUGCAAAACAGCGAGUCUCUCGUAGCGAAGACACACGAUGGCAACUGUUGUGAAGAUUUCUUGUAGUUUAGGCAUUGUCAAGUAGUUAAUAGCUUUUUUGGUCUCAGUUUCUCCAUUUUUCUUCUUUGUAAAUAGCUCCUGCUAAACUUUUUCCGAAGCUUUCACUUGCCUCAAUCCCAAAUAAUCUCACAAACAUUUUCAAAACCGCGUGCCAUGUUGAACAAACAAAGAAAACAAGUUUCCUGUGAUGUCAUCCAUGUAUCUGUACUCUAAUAGAUCAUGGGCAACGACCAAUCACAGCGCGCGUAGCAUUCACAUCAUUGUAUAAAUAGAUUUAGACAAGGCUUAGGGCAGAGCUCCCAUUAAUGAAAAAACAUAACAACAAAGAAAUCCAAUAAUUAGAGUUGAGCUUGCGAUCAGUUGAAAACAAGAAACUUGUUAGUGGUAAACUUAAAAAAACAUGUACCAGUAACCUUGAGGGGUCGACUGAGCCCACAGUAUGGUCACGUGAUACUGGUCAGCGGAUACCCUGUUUUGACAGCUGCCAAUUGACUACGACAAGGAUGUGCAAUAUCGGGUGGCAGGCUACCACACUAGCUAGAAAGUGUACCAUUUCACAUUGGUUGCCCUGUGAUGCAGUUGGGCAGGUGGACGUAUGGUCACGUGACUACCAAAAUUUUCUUGGAUGGAUAGGUAUCCAAGUGCACAAAAAAAGGACUCUGAGGGGGUCAUACAUGUAGAAAAAGUCCAUGUUAAUGGGGUGUCUAUAAUGAGCAGGUUGGAUUUACAGAAAAUAGGAAGGCUUUUUCCCCUGAGACAAAGCAAACUGUCUGUAGUAAUGAGAUGUCCAUAAAGAUGGGUUUCACUGUCUUGUAACACAGUUAAGGAAGGCUGACAAGGGCUAAAAUAUUAUUUAUUUGUUUAUUCAUUUAUUUAUUCAUUUUAUUGUUUGAGCUUCAGGGUUGUGGCUAAAAUAUCAAGUUGCCUUAUAAAUGCAGUUAUUGAAUUAGUAGGAAGGGGAAUUGUACAGUUGGAAGUUCUUUUGGUUCUAUUUUCCUUUUGUUUUCUAUGAAAGUGGCCGGAGCGCAUGCUCAUGAUUUCCAACCUCAACACUGGUGUGUCUUGGUUCUGUCAUUAACACAUGAGAACAAUAAUGUCUUUACCAAUAAAUAUUAUGAAUCAUCAAAUGUUAACUUUAUUCAUUAUUGUACCAAAGGGCUAUCUAAGUUAGUCUUUCUUAUCCAAAUUAUUAGUCAAAUUGUCAAAUUUCUUUUUAUGCAGUAUCUUCUUCAUUUCUGUGAUCUAAGGAUAUAAAACCAAAAACUAUUUUUCAGCAUGCCCAUCGCAAUGACAUCAACUUCUUUUGGGGGUCUUUUUGGUUUCUCUUCAUCGAGGUUUGUAGUUGCCAGAAACCUUCAUUUGAAAAAUUAAUUUUUUCUGUUCAUUCAUUUACCUGAUUAUGUCAGGGUUUAUAUUGUCACCUGAAGAAGGCUUGAUUUAAAACCAUAAUUAUUUUUUUCCUUCAUUGAUAUUGUGGUUAAGUAGAUCAGGGAUUUCACGAAUUGCAAAAUAAUUGAUUUUAGAAUGACUUUCCAACAUCAGUCAGAAUAAGAACUUUUCUUGUUUUAUUGUAUUUUUAUCUUUGUACAAUCCGGGUCUAAAUCCACUUUUAAAAAUUUUGCUGGAAUUUUGUGUCUUUUGCGUUCAUUAUUUUUGCAUUUAGUAAUAGUAAUUGAACAAUGUUGAGAGGGAAAUCAAUAUAAAUAAGUAGUACAUGCACAUUUUAAUAAUUGUCAUUUUAUUGUUAUUAUUUGUGCGUGUACAGUCAACUCUCUGUACACUGUAGAUGGACACUUUUACGACCAGCAACAAAAACAACAACAUCAUCAGUUUUUUCAGUUUUCAAAUAAUUUAAGACUAUCUUACCCACAAUUAGCGGAGCUAUUCUACUGUUAGUGGACAGCAAUAAAAUAAUUGUCUCCAAAAAGAAAGUAACUGUAAGUAAAGAGAAAGCAAUUGGAAAUAAUAAUAGUACAUGGUAAAACUAUAACAAGUACGACACUAAAAUAAAACUAUAGAUAUAAGGAAGGAAAUCACUUAAACUGAAUAAGGAGUUGAGGUAGGAACUGGUAAUGGCACUCAUAUUAGCCUGUUCCAGGCGUUCAGAUAGUAGAGCACGGCGGUAAGUGGGGAGCGAGUUAAGUUGUACAACGGGAAAAGGGGGAGGAGAGAAUUUUUCUCCCCUGCUGUACUAUCUGUACGCCUGGAACAAGCUAUACUCAUAUCAACAUACACCUCCUCAGACUCCAAAGCCUUGACCAGUUAUGUAUUAGAGAGAUGUCCGUCUUACUGAAAGUCAAAAAAUGGAGUAAAGAAAGGUAGGGACCAACUCUAUGCAUCCGUUUUACAGAGGUGGCCGUCUUAUAGAGGUGCCUGUUAAGAGAGAGUCAACUGUACAUGACAUACUGUAUUUCAGUAACAGCUUCUGAAUGCUUGCUAUGGAAAGAGGUUAUGACUUAUUUCAUUUUUAAAACAUUCCAGGCCUGCUCCCACAAGCUGUAAGCUGUGCCCUGAUUACAUUUCACCUUCUGUUGCAUCUGGUGCCUGCGCUGCCAGCAUUGGUGAAAGUACCAGUAAGUUACAUGAGGUCUCUGAAAUAUUAACUUGGGAGUUAAGCUUUAGAAAGGUCCACAAAUUAAGGAAUAAUAAUAUUGAUUAAUAAUAUUAAAUAACCAAAUAAUUAAUGAAAAAUAUAAAUUGAUAUUAAUGAUUUAAUUAAUUAAUCGCAACAACAACAAAAUUCUUAAACCUGAUUGGCUAUCAGCUGUUGUAAUUUCAGCAUUAAUAGGACAUUGAAAUAGGACAGUAUGUGUCAUGUCUAAGUAACUGGACAGUAUGUGCCAUUACAUGUGUGCACUUGAAUGGUAUUUAAAUUUUUUCAUAGUGAUUAUAGGCUGAAUUGAACUCCACUCAGUCCUAUUUCUAUUAUUAAUAACAUUAUUAUAAUUCUGAAAGAACAGAUUAUUUAAUUUUGGAGGGCAACAUAGAAAUAACUGCCCAAAAUGAUGAAAGGUACUGUACCGGUGUUUAAAACAACAACAAUACCAAGGUCAAAGCCAAAGUCAAAGUCAUGUAUAUUUUCAGUAAAUCCUUGGAAUAAUUUUGUUUACUAGGAUGACUAAUAUGGAAUGUUAACUAAAUAUGAGUCGUUUGAUUAUUUCCAUUCGAAGUGAACUAGGCCAUCUUGACACACAUUCUUUAAGCCCAACCUCAGAGUUACUCUAUGGCAGAAUCUUAUAUUAACUGUGAUUGCCUUUACAUGAAAUGAACAGCCAGCCUAAUCGAUAUUUUUAUUUCCUAAGGUUCUGUUAGCAGUGAUAUUCAUAAUUUUCAGUUUAUAUUUUGGUUCAAGACAGAUCCACAUGGUCUGAUCCAGGUGAUUUUUAUUAUCGUUCAACACUUAAAACAAUGAUACUGUUUUCCAGGUACAUCAACGAGCAUAACCCUCCCAGACUACACCUGUAGUCUAGAUCAAAUGCAUGUGGUGUGUCAUUGCUGUAUACAGCUCAUGCCAUGCGACUGGCCUGACUCAAUAAUGGCAAGCGUACCAGCACAGAAAUGUAAGCUUGAGCAACGAUUAAGGCAUGGCAAGUUCUGUGUAUUUAAGUUAAUCAGUUCAAUUUUAAACUAGUAUCUUUAGCGAGUCAUUUGUUCUCCAUCAUCCUAGAUACUCUAAGAGAAUUCCUAAAUAUUUGACCUAGCAACCUCUGCAUUGGUAGACCAAGCCCAAACUAUGGUGAAAGAUAAUAGGGAGUUUACGCAAUGACAUUUUGGGACAUUUGGGCAAAUCAUCUCUUUAAGAGUAAAGACACUUAGCAAUGCUUAGUCAUGUCAAAUCAUAUUAAAAGAGAAAAAGGCUUAUUUCCGGUUGACAUGCAAUGCUAAAAAACAUUGCUGCUUAAACUCCCUGUUAGACUACGAGUAGACUACGAGUAGUAGAGCGAGCGAAACGUGAGCGCGCGUGAAAAUCACCCCACGCGAGAAAAGGCAACACGCGGCUCGCGUGGGGUGAUUUUCACGCGCGCUCGCGUUUCGCUUGCUCUACUCAUGAUCCCUGAGGAAAAAUGGGGGACUACUCGUAGUCCAACUCCCUGUUGACCAGUGCUGAGGAGUAAGAGGUUUUCUUUACACUUACAUGUAUCAAAAAGUAAUGGGCUCCUGGUAUCAUCCAUUGCACUCCCGUCUCUGCCCCAUCCUGGACAUCGCCUUGUUUGAGAGAGGCAUGUCUUAUUGCAAUACCUUACACUGUAAGCCAGAAUGUUUGAAUAUUAUUCUUUAUUUUUAUACAGUAUUUUCUUUUUUUUUUCAAUUUCGUCAGGUGAAAUAUGUUCAAAACAUUAUUGUCAUCUUUUAUUUGGUUGCCGCAAGGCUGGAUGUCUAGGAUGCCUCAAUAAAUUUAAAGGUACACUGAUGUAUCCUCAAUGUUGGUUUCAAAUUUCCUGUUUUUUGGUACGAUUUAUUAUAAAAAAAACCAUUUUAGUUCACGUUAAAAUAAGAAAACAUUGAGGGUCUCUCUCUGUCUCUCUCUCUCUCUCCCUUGGCCUUUCCUUAGAGGAGGGGAGGGGUGGGAGUUGAAGGUACAGCUUUUUUUAAAAACACUUCUGGCUAAAACAGUUGUCAUAGUCCUUCAUGAAAAAGUGCGCUGUCCAUACAGUGGCCGAUUUUUAAAUUGGGUUAUUCAAACUGUCCACAUUAAAUUUGUACCAUUUGUAUCAGCUAUGUAGAUAGGUGGUUCUAAUUUUUGGGAUUUUUUCAGCCAUCCGCAAAAAUAAGUGCCCGCAAAUAAAAACUACCACAAACAUUUUUCCAUUUUUCCCACAAAAAUGUACUCCAGUGUAAUUCGCUACACAAAAAUACAGUACUAAGAAAUCGUCUGUUAGAUUACAACGUGCCGCUUUCGUUCAGAAACAAAGCGGUUUGCAAUGAAAUACUGGUUUUACAUAGUACAAGGUACGCACACAGUAGGUUUGUUUAAAAAUAUGUUUUUAUAUGGCACGCACUCAGUGAAAAACGAAAUAUUAUCAAUACUUAACCUGAGAUCAGGCUCUAUUUUCGUUUCGCUUUGAAAAUUACAUUCCGGCGGGCAAGGCGAAACGAAAAGACAGCCCCAAUUUUAGUGGUAACCGUUAGAGAGAAUGUAUGAGAACCGCUAAAAUUGGGCCUGAUCUCAGGUUAAUCAAUACUGGGUAAUGGGUACUUUCUGAAAAUUGAAAAAUUAAUUCCGAGCAAGAAAAACCAAUCUGUCCUCAUCGCAAAAGUUAGUUCCCGCAAAACACAAAAAAUCGCUAAUCCGCAAAAAUAAACUCCCGCAAAGAUUUCGUGCCACACGGUAUAUAUUAUACUUUGUCCUGUUAUUUUUGAAGAUGCAUUUUGCUUUACAUGUACCAAUGUUGGUCAAUGUAGAACUGUUUCAUUCAGAUUGUGACCUUUCAAUAUGUGCUCGUUUGCUUAAUUUAUGAGUGGUGAAUUCCACUGAGAAAAACACGCUACCUUCGUUGAAAAUUAAAGCAAAGCAUUCUAUUUAAUAGAGUUGAAGAGUAAAUGAGUUUAUUGGGUAUAGAGGGCAUUACUUCGAGUGGAUACGUUUGAAGCCCACAGUUUUAUGUUAGCACCUUAAUCUUAAGCAAAACUGAGGCCUCAAAAAAAGACAAUUAAAAAUGUUUUUCAAUGACGGUAACGAGAACAAAGGAAUAAACUGAAUAAGCAAAACAACAACUUUCCACAUGCGGACUACUUUUUGUUCAUUUCUUAGUUUGCCGUCACUGUACGACUAUGGUGUAAAAAUGCCGAAUUUCUCAUUUUACGGAAGAUGUAGAUAUGGAACAACGAAUUUGUUUUCUGUCCGAUCUUGGAUAUGGUUCUUAGGAAGUGAACUCCAGGAGAGAUCGCUUACUUUUGUAAUAAUUGUGGUGAAGAUUACAUGUUGAAGAACGCGAAUUCACUUUUUAAGCGACGCUUUUACCCGCGUCGCCGCCGUGGUAUCUUAACAACUACCUGUGAUCUCAACGUGUGCACGGGUUUCUUCUCCCCACCCCUGUCUGAUCUGCUGGUGGCUUUGUCUUAACAUUACAACAGAUUUUAUUCCUGCACGAGCAAAUGUUUUAUUAUUUUAAUUUCAAAUUCGUUUCAGACUUCAAGGUUGGAGAAGCCAAUCUUUCAUCAUUGAUAAACAACAACCCUUAUGAAUCCAAAAUACUAAAGGUAUGAAUAGAUUUCAUUCGGGUUUACAUUCUAGUAGUUUAUAUAUUAGUGAUUAAAAGUUAUUAUUAUUUAGAUCGUUGCCAUCAAAAAUUGGUUUGGAUAAUAUAACAUAACAUUUCACAAAGUUUUUUUCUAGAUUCUUGACCCUUCAGGAAUCUUAAUACAGGGCUGUUUCCUAAGGCCCGGGGAUCCGGUGAUUUCCCCCGGCUACUGCAUGUGAGCGUUAUCCCUGGAUACUUUCGUAGGAAAACAAUGACAAUAGACCCCAGAGAAGUUUCUAGCUUUUCAGUUCCCCGCCUACAUGUACUUAAUGCAUAUACCCGGCAAGGCCAAGUCUUACUGUCAUCCCUGUUAAUUAGUGGUUUAGUUUAACAAGCUCUAGGAGUAUUUCAGAAAUUUGAUUCAAAUUAGUUUGGAAGAUAGGGCUUUGCUUCUUGUGCCCUCCCAUAAGCGAUUACCUCCCUUUAGCGACCAUCUAUCCAAAACACUAUUUUUCCCAGUGAAAACCCUAUAAUAAGAACCUCUCGGAAGCGAGGGCGACCACUUUUGGUGGUGGUGGUUUUGUAAUUUUUCAUCAUUUUUAACCUCUUAUUAACGACCAUUUGACGCACUAUGGUUUGCAGUAUGUACUACACUACUAAGAGUAUACGAAGAGCUUUUAACCAUAACAUUGAACUACUCGUAUCUUGACGUAAUCAAUACUAUACCAAAAAGUUGAUGUCUCGGGACCUCUUCUUGAAAAAGAUUCUUGAAGUUUGUUUCCGUGUGGAGCAAGGGUAGCGGAGUGGUGAGAGCACUCGCCUCCCACUAGGGGUGUAACGAUUCAUAUUCCUUGCGAUUCAAUAUUAUUCAAUUCGAUUUCGAUUAUUGUCUUUCGAUUUCGAUUAUUUCGAUUCUAUUAUGUAAAUGUUUCUUAAUUCUUAUAACGUAACGUGUAAUGUUAACAACAUGCACCCCUAACCCUCAAUUUGAGAAUAGUAACAGGGACAGGAGGAUUCACAGUCGCUUGGUUCGUCGCCAUGUUUGAGAACCUGACAAAGAUGGUUUGCGUUAUUUGGAAAUUCUCAAGGGGUGGUUGAAGAACAGCAUUUUUACCAGGCAACAUAAAAUGGCGCACGAAUUGCUAUCGUCUUUGCUCGUCAAUCAAAAACGCACAUUUUAAUGAGUUCUGGAUUCUGAUUUUACAAUAUAAUAACUCACUGGGGGCACCCUGGAAAAGGUAUGCAAAAAUCGAAGCAAAAUCGAAAUGUGGAAGCAAAGAAUCGUGAAUCGAACCGAACGGUCAUAAUCGCGAUUAAUUGAGAAUUCGAAUAAUCGUUACACCACUACCUCGUACCAAUGUGGCCAGGGUUCGAAUCCCGACGUCGACGCCAUAUGUGGGUUGAGUUUGUUGUUGGUUCUCUUCUUUGCUCCGUGAGGUUCAGUUUUCCCCGGGUACUCGGGUUUUCCCUUCUCCUCAAAAACCAAUACUUUUAAAUUCCAAUUCGAUCUGGAACGCACGGACAUAUUUAAACGAGUUCAUAACAACUUCUAACUGCUUCGUGGGCAAACAAAUUACAAUUUACAUUUUUUUAAUUCUGGUAAUCAACCACCUCCCGUAAGCGACCACUAAAUAUUUUUAUUUUGGGUGGUCGCUUCAGAGGGUUUGUUUGUACUAACCAUGUGCUACAUGCUCAUCACUGUUCAAGUAAAAAAAUGUUAUUUUACUUUUGUGUCAACAGGAUUAUCUGACAGAGCAAAGCCUGAGCAAAGAAGACUUGAUACAAAAAUGCCUUCAAAAGUUGGAUGCUAAAGAGUACUCCACCAUUGGUAAAAUAACAUUCACUUCAUCUUGGGAGACACCUGUUAAACGGUGCCUGAGUUAGAAAUGAUAACAGCGGCUAUGUCAGGCUGUUUGUUGCCUUUUUGCCCAGUUAAAAUGUUUCUUCGCGUCAGUUGGGUAGCUAAAAUAGUUUUGUUAUUUGAGCCUAUAUUUAGGUACUAAAACUGUUUCCUGUCGACUGUUGCUUUCUAUGGCAAGAAUGGUAAUGGAUUGAAACUUUAAAAAAAUUGGGCAAAUUUUAUCAAGUUUUAAUGCCAUGUCUACAAAAAUCACUACAUGCAAACUCCAACAGCAGACAGUGUAAAUAUGACUCUUAACAGGAGAUUUUUGGUUGUAUGCUCGGUUUUUAGAUGGGGCGUCCCACAAUCUAACAUCCUCCACAGUUCUCUGCUACAGAUGUGCACUUCGUAACCUACAGGAGCUCGCGUACCAGUUUCGCCGUGACAUUCCGAGGGAUCAGUUACCCGGUGAGUCUAAACUGCCUUAAAGAGAUUAUAUUUGCGGAACAAACGAACAUCUUCUCUCCAGCCAAACACUAAAUUUUUUACCCCCGUUUUCAGACCUUCAUUAUUCGAGCCCAUUUGCCUUUCGCUAGCCUGAUAGCAAACUCUGUUCCUUGGCGCUCAGGUUAGGGGGGGGGGGGAAUGAUAGCCUGUGUAGCCCCCUCCCUUGAGGAAAAAAUCGAUUUUUCCUGAGGGGAGGGGGUUCUGUACACAGGCUAGAAAGAGGAGGGAUAUUGCGCCCGCCUAGAUGUAUUUCGCUAUACUAUAUUCCGAAACAUGUUUGGAAUUGUAAAAGUUUGUUUCUAAACGGGGCCCUUGAAAACGUUUUUAAAAUUUCUUUUUUGUCAUUCUACUUUAGUUUUGGAAAGUUCUUGGAAGUUUAUACUAGAUGAAUACAGGAAUCGAUUAUAUUAACUUAUAGAAUAUAGCGAGGUUGCUAAAUGUGGCUUAAACGGAUUUCAGUGACUUUUGAACGCAAAAAUUGCUGCAGCAUAAGCAUUUUCCUCUUGUAUGAAAACCAGGUAGUUACCAGGUGAGUCAUUGCCUGUCUGUUAAUUUGCAGAUGCUGUGAAUUCCCGUGUCGAUUGCUACUGGGGAAAAAACUGUCGAACACAAAAGACAAAGCCCCUUCACGCCAGGUAAAUCAACAGGAAUUGCAAAACACCAGAGUAAUACCUCAUUCCAAAAACAAAAGUGGUGGCAAUAUUUGCCAUCGCUGUUUUACGGCGUAACUAGGGAAUUUAAGAUAUCACGACAACAACGAGAACGUCUGAAAGCAAUCGAGGAUUAGCAAAACAACAACUUUGCAUGUGCAGCACACUUCUUCGUACACUUUUCUUUGCCUUCAGUGAACGACCACUAGGUGGAAGUGUUCUCUCUUAAGAUCGUGCUUUGGCCAUCUUACUGCAAACGGCAAACCGAUGUUUGUCAUUAGCGGUUUCACAUUAUCCGUCUGCCAAUAUUUGGGAAAGAUUCGGGGCUGGUAGCUCGCGGCUGUCAUAUUUGUUUCAAUCACCAAAAGAAUUCUAAAAAGUAGUAUUUGCUAUUUGUAUUCACGACUACGAGACGGUAAUUGGUGUGCAGUUCGAAAUGUGAGCCUGAGCGUUUAUUGCCGUCCGAACAACAUAAAAAGUUCAUCAUCAAUUUAACUAAAGAAUGAUAUACAAAUAUUCCUAAAUAAAGUCACUCAGGCUAAACUAGUCACGUAUGCCGCCUGAUACGAAGACCCAAAAACCCACUGGGAAAGAUAGAGGAUAUUUGCCUAGUCCCUAGGCUUCAUUUUUCCUCGCGACCAAAGCGUUUCGGGUCACGUGGUCCAUGUGAAAAUGUUUCCCGCCCGUUCGCCUCGGAUACGUCACCGAAACGAAUUGACCGAGAGGGACUGGGAAAACGCCGUACAGAGACUAGGCAAAGAGAAUAUUACAUGGCCGCGCGGGGAUACGAAUUUUAUCUUCAAGUGCUGAAAGUACGAGUGAGAGUGGGAUCGAGUGAUCUCCAACGAGUGAGAGAUCUUGUUUGAACUGAUCGUUUCCAUCCUGAUUAGGGCAAAGUUUUAAAGAGAGUUUUCGAGGUGGUAACCUUUUUAAGAACUUAGCAAUAUUUUUAAUGAAUAAAAAAACAAUUAUUGUGUUCGGCUUUUGUAUGAUGUGAAGAAUUAUCCAGAUCUUGGAGGCUGCUAUCCACUUCGCCCUUCAACCUCGGUGGAUAACAUGCUCCUGAGUUGCAGAAUUCUUAACAUCAUACAAAAGCCGAAUUCAAUAAUCGUUAAAUGUAUUCAAGAAGAAGGUCGAAAAGGCACCCUAAAGCCAUGUAAGUUAAACGAGGAAAAGUUUAAACGGAAACACUUCAACGGAGAUUUAUGAAAUCGUCACUCAACAGAGGGCGAGACGUCAGGAGCGACUUGGUAUAGAAACUUUGGGUUGGCGUUGAUGUACCGAACGGGUACCGAACCAAAGCUGUUAGGAACCAGAUCAGCCACGAAAGCGAUGCGAUAGAGGUAUUCGUAAUAGCACCCUACGCUUCCAUGUAAUAUUAAGCUUGGAUAUGAGAACCUGGUACUGUCGUGUUAAACAAAGUCAGUUAUUUCUUUAUUGCAGUCGCUUCAACCACAUAUGUGAACAGACGCGAUUUACAUCGUAGCCACUGCUGAUUUGUUAUGAAGACCUUUGGAUCAUAAUCUCACCUCUCUCUGUAACGUGGAAAGUCAUUAAUUUUAUCAACAAUAAAAUUCUUCCAAUAAUACCUUACCUAGUUUUUCAGGUCAUGUUGUUUGGACCCCCCUUAUUAGUCUUUGGACAGCUAGUAUUCGUUUAGUUCGUUGUUGUGUUAGUUUGAAGGACAG